AGGUCGCUGGCAGGCAUGUCAAGAAGUUUGAAAUGUAGGCCGAUUUCCUGAAACAGUGAUCUUUGGAUGGUUGUGAACUCGUCCAACAACUGCUCACUUUCUGUAGAAGUUUCAUUAGCGGUCACUCCAAACAUUUCCAAUUUGGUGAAUUGAUGAACUCUGCAACGUCGAAGAAAUGAUUAUCUAUUAUUUGCAAGACUCGUUAUGAACGUUAGGUUUCUGGCUGUCACUGUUGGCGUGCUAACUCUAUGUGAUUAUGCUUGGUCGUGGGAAAGUGGAGGAUUAACAUCUGGACAUGAUGACUUUGGAAGAGGUGUAAACUCGGGUGGAGGCAGAAGUGUAGGGUUUGGAGAAAGUGUAAGAUUUGAAGAAUCUACAGGAGGUUUCGAAAAUGGAUAUGGAGGCUUUGGUGGAAGCUCGGGAUUAGGAGGACUUGGAGAAAAUGGACGUGGAAGUGGGUUUAAAAGCUGGGGAAAUGGAGGAUUUGGUGGAAGUGGAUUAGGAAGUUUUGGAGGAUCUAGGGGAGGUAAACAUGGAAGUGGACUAGGAGGAUCUGGGGGAGGCAAACAUGGAGGUGGAAGGGGCGGAAUCGGAGGAUUUGGUGAAAGUGGAUUAGGAAGUUUUGGGGGAUCUGGAGGUGGUAAACAUGGGAGUGGAAGAGGCGGAAUCGGAGGAUUUGGUGGAAGUGGAUUAGGAGGUUUUGGGGGAUCUGGAGGUGGUAAACAUGGGAGUGGAAGAGGCGGAAUCGGAGGAUUUGGUGGAAGUGGAUUAGGAGGUUUUAGGGGAUCUGGAGGUGGUAAACAUGGGAGUGGAAGAGGCGGAAUUGGAGGAUUUGGUGGAAGUGGACUAGGAAGUUCUGGAAGCUCAGGAAAAAAGAGAGAGUUGUGGUUCAAUGGAUCGCGUGGAGGAGUUAGAAGAGGGGGAAUAUUGGGAAAUAGUGGAAGCAGAGAUUUAGGAUAUGGCGGGGGUCACAGCUGGUAACAAUGAAGUGACCAAAAGCUGGUAACAGUGAAGUUGACUAAAAGCUGGAAGUUCCUUCAAUCCAACUUGGUUUAUUUUAAUUUGUACAGGUUUUUUGUUUUCGUGUAAUUUUCGUCUGGAUUAUUUCGUUUGUAUUACACCAAAAUAAACCGU